CUUUGCGGCCGCCGGGCGCACCCUGUGGCCUCUCUCGGCGCGGUCAGCAGGUCGCGGCGCGAAGCAGACUGGAGGGCGAGCCCUUCCGCGGCCCCACCUCUGCGGUCCAGUCCCCGGCACUCGGAAUCGGAGGGGGGAGGGGCCGGGUGUUUCUCCGCGGGGGAGUGGGGAGGAAGCUGGGCGGGUGCGCGCGGUGCCCCGGAGCCUGGAACAGAGGAGGGCGCGUUGGUCUUGGGCGCCGCGCGGGCGGAGGGGGGUCGCACUGCCGCGGGGAGGGGAGGCGGGGCACCUGGGCUCGUCGGAAGGCUGGGGCCGGUGGCAUUUGGCUGGGCGAGGGUGGAGGUGAAGCUCUGCGGUGGGGGGAGGAGGCUCCGGCCGGGGUCUCCACUCUAGGCCGGGGUGGGGGGCUCAGCGCGGCCGCCGGAGCGUUCAGCAGGGGGCGCUGCUCCGGGCGUUGGGCGGGGGUGGGGUGGGCCAGGAGGGGGGGCCGCGGCUGGCCGCGCACACUUCCCCCAUUAUUAAACACUAUGUUCAAAAGGCGCCGGGGGACUUCCCGGAGCCACGGAGCCCGCGCCGCCCGCCCGCCCGGCCCACGGAGCCCAUGGACCUGAGCGCCGCCGCCGCGCUGUGCCUCUGGCUGCUGAGCGCCUGCCGCCCCCGCGACGGGCUUGAAGCGGCCGCUGUGCUGCGAGCGGCGGGGGCUGGGCCGGUCUGGAGCCCGGGGGGCGGCAGCGGCGGCGGGCGGACUCUCGCCCUGGCUGCGGGCGCCGCGGCUGUCUCGGCCGCCGCGGUUCCCCGGGCCCGAGCCGCGCGCCGCGCCGCCGUCUCCGGCUUCAGGAACGGCUCGGUGGUACCGCACCACUUCAUGAUGUCGCUUUACCGUAGCCUGGCCGGGAGGGCUCUGGCCGGGGCAGCCGCUGUCUCCGCCUCGGGCCAUGGACGCGCGGACACGAUCACCGGCUUCACAGACCAGGCGACCCAAGACGAAUCGGCAGCCGAAACAGGCCAGAGCUUCCUGUUCGAAGUAUCCAGCCUUCCCGACGUAGACGAGGUGGUGGGUGCCGAGCUGCGCGUGCUGCGCCGCGGAUCUCCAGAGCCGGGCCCAAGCAGCUCGACUUCCCCGCCUUUGCUGCUGCUGUCCACGUGCCCCGGCGCCGCCCGCGCGCCACGCCUGCUGUACUCGCGGGCAGCCGAGCCCCUGGUCGGUGAGCGCUGGGAGGUGUUCGACGUGGCGGACGCCGUGAGGCGCCACCGUCGUGAACCGCGCGCCCCUCGCGCGUUUUGCCUCUUGCUGCGCGCAGUGGCCGGCCCAGUGCGGAGCCCCUUGGCACUGCGGCUGCUGGGCUUCGGCUGGCCGGGCGGAGGGGGCUCGGCGGCAGAGGAGCGCGCGCUGCUAGUCGUCUCCUCCCGCUCGCAGAGGAAAGAAAGCCUGUUCCGGGAGAUCCGCGCCCAGGCCCGCGCGCUCGGGGCCCUUCUGGGCGCAGAGCUGCCGCCCGACCCAAGACCUGGCACCGGGUCGCCAAGGGCAGUCAUUGGUGGCCGCAGGCGGAGGAGGACAACCUUAGCCGGAACGCGGACAGCGCAGGGAAGCGGCGCGGGCGCGGGCCGGGGCCACGGGCGCAGGGGCCGGAGCCGCUGCAGCCGCAAGCCGCUGCACGUGGACUUCAAAGAGCUGGGCUGGGACGACUGGAUCAUCGCGCCGCUGGACUACGAGGCGUACCACUGCGAGGGCGUUUGCGACUUCCCUCUGCGCUCGCACCUCGAGCCCACCAACCAUGCCAUCAUUCAGACACUGCUCAACUCCAUGGCGCCAGACGCGGCGCCGGCCUCCUGCUGUGUGCCCGCGCGCCUCAGCCCCAUCAGCAUCCUCUACAUCGACGCUGCCAACAACGUCGUCUACAAGCAAUACGAGGACAUGGUGGUGGAGGCCUGCGGCUGCAGGUAGCGCGCGGGCCAGGGAGGGGGCAGCCGAGUGGCCGAGGAUCCCCAGCUGAAGAGCAGCAGCGGGCCAGCCUGUCACCAAGCGUGGGUGCAUGGCCGAUGUGACUCAGCGCCCUCGCGGAGGAGGAAGAGCACACGUUCACACUCACACACUCGUGCGGUCACGCACACAUUUACCGUGGACAGCAUCUGAAAGCCUUGGGAAGAGAUGACCUGCCGGUACCGAAUGUCAAAGCUUGUGCAUUUUGCAAACAGAUAACCAUGGCGCCCACUGCCCCUACUUGGGGAGAGGAAGGUGUUUGUGCUGAUAUUGCAGUAACAGGCACGAAAAUCAGGUAGAAACGGGUUAGGAAAUUGGGGGCUCCAGAAUGGGAGAACCAAAGGGGUAUUCCAGUA